UCUGCUUAGUUUAGCAUAAUCUGGAGUCCCAUGUGCAGAAGGUUUGGGCUGUAACUCUGAUAUGGUGGAGAAAUUUAUUGUAACUGUUGUUUUUGGUGUUAGAGAUUAGGUGAAUCACUGUUUUAUUGCAGAACUAAAUGUGCCUUGCUGAUGUAUGCGUUAAUUUUCAAUGUGUGCAAAGGUCAAAUGUUUAGUUAGUCUUUGUCAACGUUGUAUUCUCUUCAGCUCCCAGCUGCUGACUCUCUUGAGCCUUCCAUAGAACCUUAUCUUAAACCCAUCAACCUCGUGGAGGCCUUGGCAGAACUUUACCACAGGCAAGAGUGCUGCCUUCAAUAUGAGAAAGCAUCACUCUCUGUGGAACAGUUCACUUUAUUGCGAGGCCUCGAGGACCAGAAGCUUCUUAGGAGAUGUAUCAGAACAGCACGGCAAAACGCUGGGAAUGUGCUUUCCAAGGGUGUGCUUUCGGCAUGGUUGAGGUUUGAGAGGAGGGAGGAUGAACUUGAGGGUUUGUCUUCAAUGGAUUGUGGUGGUUGUGUUAUUGAAUGUCCAAAGGGGAAUUUGGUGCAUGGGUUUAGUCCUUGUUCAAUCAAUGAUAGGUGCCAGUGUCUGCAAUCGACGAAACAGGAAACUAGCACAGAAGAAAGUGUGUGUUUGUCAGAUAGAUUCAGUUAUAUGAACAAUGGUCUUCUGUAGAUGAUGUUGGUUCUUUGGCUAUUAUACAUCAGAUGUUAGAGAAUGAUCUUGGAAAGAGUCUGCUGGAGUUUCGUCAGUCUAUACUCCUAUUGAGUGAGGAGACGCGAGCGAGUGAUGGAGGGAAGAGUAGUGGCGGUCGAAGGACACUUGGAGGCGGUCGAGAUUGCAAUCGCCGAGACGAAAGCAGACACAGGGGCUUUGCGACAGGAGACGGCGGCGAUACGACAGGACAUUCAAGCAAUCUUGAAAGCGAUGGGAGAAAACAAUCGCAGAGACCAACAACAGGAUGAGAGUCAAUCGUCGGUGAACGAUAAUAGGGGUGGACCCAACGGCGGAGGGGGAAGAGGCGGAGAAGGUAACCAAGGAGGGAUGACCCAUUGGAGGAAGCGGGUCGAGUUACCAGUUUUUGAAGGGGGCGAGUCCUGGGUAUGGAUAGGUAGAGCUGAGAAGUUUUUCGAAGUUCAGAAGGUGGCUGAGGAGGAAAAACUAGAAUUGGCCUUUAUUGGCAUGGAAGGGUACGCUGGAAGUUGGUUCCGAUUUUGGCGAGAGAAGACCAAGAACCUUUCUUGGGAUGGGUUGAAGAGAGCCCUGGGAAUACGAUUCGGGGGAGGAACCGGUGGGAUGGUGUACGAGAGGCUGUCGACCAUAAGAAAGGCGGGGCCGGUGGAGGAGUAUAUACGUGAUUUCGAAGUACUGAUUGGGCAAACGACCCAGAUACCCGAGGAGCAGAUAAUGGGCUAUUUCUUGUCGGGCUUGCAGGAAGAAGUGGGAGAUCAUGUCCGGCCACUUGACCCACUGGACUUGAUGACCGCCAUGCGAGUGGCGAGAGAUGUGGAGAAGUUGUGCACUACUUCGAAGACGGGCGGAGGAUGGGUGUCCAAGAAUCAAAGUUCUUGGGGAAAAACGUCAGGUGCGGUGGCGCGGGUGGAGUCGAAUCGCAACCCGACGGUGCGAGAAGGACCAGUUGAAAGUGUAGGGUAUGUAAAGAAAGGUGCGACCCAGGGGGGAAAUAACGUGGGAACCAGCGGCAGUGGAAGUGAUCAGAAUGUCCACAAUAUUCCGUACUCGGAAUACAUCAAACGGAGGGAAAAGGGGAGAUGUUUCACGUGUGGCGGACCUUUUGGCCCUGACCAUCGCUAUCCGGAGAGGGGUUUAAGGAUGCUAAUUUUGGUUGAAGAGGAGGAAGAGGCUGAAAACGAUGGAGACCUGAGAUGAACAUCGCUACAAUGGAGCU